UGUGGAUAAGAGAAUUUCUCCUAAUUACUCACUAAUAUCACUCGGUGCCAGACAUAAAUCAGAUAUUGCCUUCUUUCAACGGGAAAGACGAGUUCAAUUUUACGGUAUCACACGAAUAAGCGAAUCGGUAUUACUCAUUCCU